AUGGCCAACGUCCAAGGGGUCAGAGGCAAGUCUGAGAACGGCUGGCACGAUAUCCGGGGAAGCGCAGGGGGCGGCGCCUCGGCGGGAUCCGCCGGCCGGGAGGCCGCCACCAGCGCGCAGUCCCCGCGAGGGGCGCUUGGCGUGCAGGGCGACCCGGGCGCCGCGGGAAGCAGCCCGGCCAUGCGGGCGCCCGCGCUGCCGGGCGGCCUGGCGCUGCUGGCGGUGCUGGCGCUGUGCGCGGCGCGCUGCCGGGCCCUGUCCUUCCAGCUGCCGCCGCGGGCGCGCAAGUGCCUGAAGGAGGAGCUGCGCCGCGACGUGAUGGUCACCGGCGAGUACGAGGUCUCGGGGGGCGCCCGGACCGACCUGCGGGUCACCGACUCCUCCGGGCACCUCCUCUACUCCAGGGACGACGCCCGCAAAGGGAAGUUCGCCUUUACGACGGAUGACUACGAGGUCUGCGAGAUCUGCUUCGAGAGUCACGGGCAGCCAGGGCAUUUCCGUGUCCCCGACCAGCUAGUCACCCUCAAUAUCAAACAUGGGGUGGAAGCACGGAAUUACGAGAGCAUCGCGAAGGCAGAGAAACUCAAGCCUUUGGAGGUAGAUUUGCGGCGGCUGCAGGACCUUUCUGAAUUCAUUGUCAAAGACUUCGCCUUCAUGAAGCAGCGGGAGGAGGAAAUGCACGACACCAACGAAUCCACCAGCACCCGCGUUUUCUACUUCAGCAUCUUCUCUAUGCUUUGCCUCGUGGCUCUGGCCACUUGGCAGGUUUUCUACCUCAGGCGGUUUUUCAAGGCUAAGAAACUCAUCGAGUGAUCAAGCCCUGGCUGAGGAUGGAGGCUGGGAAGGAGACUCUGAAUCCCACCUUCCCAGGACUGGUUUGCAAGGGAACUUCAGUAUGAACCUGCUGUCUGCUCUCUCCCUUCCUAAGGACUUGGACAGAUCCAGCACCAUCUGGAUCCUUUUCCGCAAUUCUUUUCUCGGCAAGGAGUGGCACAUGGUCACUGGGAAAAUGGUGAUCCCCCCGUGGAUUCCAGCAGCUGGAUGUGAAAACAAUGCCCUGCUUUUCUUUUUCAACUCGGAACAGUCCGUAGGGGUGGGUAAAUGCAGAUAAUUACAUCCCAAAUGCCGAGCACACUAAAGAAUGUUUGGAGAUAAUAAAUACUGGUUCCUAGC